ACUGGCGGUGGAAAGCGUGCGCGCGUUGCAAGCUGCUCGCAGGCUUCUAGGGUUUUUCUCAUCCAUUCGCCACCUCCGGCCUCACUGUUCAAUAUGAAGGCGCUGAGCCCGGUGCGCGGCUGUUACGAGGCGGUGUGCUGCCUGUCGGAACGCAGUCUGGCCAUCGCGCGGGGCCGCGGCAAGGGCCCCACGGCCGAAGAGCCGCUGAGCCUGCUGGACGACAUGAACCACUGCUACUCGCGCCUGCGGGAACUGGUACCCGGAGUCCCGCGAGGCACUCAGCUUAGCCAGGUGGAAAUCCUGCAGCGCGUCAUCGACUACAUCCUCGACCUGCAGGUGGUCCUGGCCGAGCCAGCCCCAGGGCCCCCGGACGGCCCGCAUCUCCCGAUCCAGACAGCCGAACUCGCACCGGAGCUUGUGAUGUCUAGCGACAAGAGGAGCUUUUGCCACUGACCUGGCCAUCCUGCCAUCUCCAGAACGCAGGUGCUGGCGCCCGUUCCGCCUGGGACCCCGGGACUCUCUGGCCGGAAGCUCGAGGGCAUGGAUGGGCCCCAACUUUGUCCUGCCCACUUGACUUCCCCAAGCCCCUGCCUCGAGGCUGGACCUGGCUCCCAGAACGAAGGACUGUGAACUUGGGUGGCCUGAAAAUCUAGAACUCGCUCUGGUUACCAGCCGGGCGACGUCACCCUGCCCUCACCCCACCCCUGAGUUUUUAAAAGACUGUCUUUUCAGAGCGUGGAGGUGUGUGGUGCGGGAGGGAGAGCCGCUGCUCCCCAAACUUUGCCAAGGUGGCGGUAGAGCUGGUCUUCUGGUCUCCUUGGAGAAGGCUCUGUGGCCCUGAUUAUGAACUCUACAAUAGAGUAUAUAGCGUUUUGUACCUUUUUUGCAGAAAGGUGACUUUCUGUAACCAUGUGAUGUAUAUUAAACUUUUUAUAAAAGUUAACAUUUUGCAUAAUAAACGAUUUUUAAACA